AUAGAGUGUAAUCAUGUUUACUAGCAAUAACCAUUUUUUCCUAUAAAAUAUACUCCAUUAGCAAGAAGAUUAGUCAUAGCAAACCUUCUCCCAUUUACAACAUUUCAUUCUCACUAAAAAAAAUGGCCAUGAAUAUUACCCCAACUCUACUCAAAACCUAUAAACUCUCUCUUUUAGAUCAGUUGUCUCCUCCUAUGUAUGCACCCUUACUCCUUUUCUAUGCACCCGUGGAAUCGGACAAGAAAAUCGAUCAUGAUCACUUCAAAUCCUCCCUUUCAAAGACACUAACACAUUUCUAUCCAUUCGCGGGAUGCUUUAAAGACGCGUUCUCUGUCGAAUGCAACGAUCAUGGAGUCGUUUACACCGAAGCUAAUGUUAAUACCGACAUAUCUUUGGUGAUUAAUCAGCCUGACGCGGAUUUUCUUCAACAGCUACUUCCUUGUAAUCCGCAUGAUAAGUUGGAUAAUUUACUCGAGCAACCAAUUUUAUUAGUUCGAGUAAAUUUCUUUUCAUGCGGAGGAAUUGCGAUUGGAGUUUGCAUUUGGCAUGUUCUUGCUAACGCGUCGGCUUUGGCUUCUUUCGUGACAAGCUGGGCGGAAAUUGCUCGUGGGGCGGAUAAUAAUAUGGAUGGUGUGGUUGUUGAUUGCACUUCCCUUUUUCCUCCCCAAGAUUUACUGGCUUUCUCCACUGGUAAAUACCUGGAUGAAAAAGAUUUGCUGUCUACAAACUUACUUACGAAAAGAUUUGUGUUUAACGGGUCUAAACUAGCUUCUCUAAGAGAAAAAAUCGGAGAUCAACCAACUCGUGUCGAGGCAUUAUCUGCUGUGAUAUGGGGAGCUGUGAUCGCCAUAUCUCAAGAAAAAGAUGGAUCAUCGUCGGCCACCGGAAAACCUCAUCUUGCUGUAAGUAUAGUAGAUUUACGCAAGAGGAUGAAUCCACCGUUGCCGGAGAAAUGCAUAGGGAACAUCAAUCAGUUGACGGUGGCAAUGUGGCCAAUAGACAUGGGAGUAGACUAUAAUGGUUUAGUAGGGAAUUUUCGGCAGUCAAUAAGGAUGAUAAACGAUGAAUAUGUGAGGAAGUUGCAUGAAGAUAAUACGGAACUCAGAAGAUAUGAGCUGUUAAUUAGCUGGCAGAAAUCCAAGUUUCAUUUCGUAACAGAAGAUGGUGAGUAUUUGAAGAUGGUAAAGUCAGCCGGAGGAAUGAUGGCGGCCGGAGUUUUUAGCUUUAGUAGCUGGUGUAAGUUUCCUUUCUAUGAAGCUGAUUUUGGGUAUGGAAAACCUGCUUGGGUAGGCACUGUUAUGGGGCUUAACAAUUUGGCAGUGUUUAUUGAUGCUAAGGAUGGUGAGGGAAUUGAAGUAUGGAUUUCUUUGCCUAAGGAAGACAUGGUUGCAUUUGAACACAAUCCUGAAAUUCUACACUAUGCCUCCAUCACUUCCGGCUAGGGUGGGCAUCAGUCGGUUGGUCCUAAAAUAAUUAGAGAAAAAGAUCAAUUCCACUUUUGAAUUUGUGUCUGAAGAUCAAAUUUUAAUAUUUUUGAUCAAUCUAUCCUAAAUUUGUGUUUCGAGGUCAA